AUGGUCGCCGCGAUACUAAUGCACGAUCAUCAUCCGAUCACUUCCUUCAUCAUCAAUAAUACCCAUCACGUAGAACAUCAAAUGAUAAAGAAGGCGGAGAUAAUGCCAAGAGAUGAGGCACCCUUCACCACCCAGCCUGGUAAUGGCGAAGCUGGCUCGAUCGGACCGGAGGGGAAGGUUUACCCUGGCGUGAUGAUACCAGGUGCCAACAAUGGUGGUGUUCCUGAGUCCUUCCCUGGGGCUUUGGCAAACACUCCACAUCCUGCAUUCCGAUUUGCGAGGCCGGUGACAGACGUCCAUAUAAGGGUGAUGGACGUCACCCAUCCCGAUAGAGCUAUGAUCAAAUGGGAUGCCAAGUUCCGCUUAGGGCCACCUCUGGGAGAGGACAGCGGACCCGCCGAAACUCCGGCAGAAGGAGGACUCGGUAGCGGUGACGGCAUCGAGGGUGGCAGCAACGAGUUGCCAGGAGAUCUCAAACCCAUUGGUGGCGAGCUGCCUGUCUUCCAGAAAUUCUGUUCGAAACUCAAUAGACCCCAUAUGUAUAAAGUAACUGUCAAUGCCGGUGGUGGGCACCCUCUCGAUGAGACCUUACGAAUGAAAGCUGGCAUCUAUCGAGUUAUUCUCCUACAACCUACUCCACAUGGGUGUAUGCAUGGCAGUAACUGUGCUCAUGCUGCCCAGGUUGGAAGAUAG